UCUGAUUGGUCACAGCCGACAGGAAGAGAACGGAGAAAAGAGAACCUUGGAGAGCUGUCAAAUUCAGACGUCGUCCACAGUCUCUUUAGAACUUCACUUAGCAAAAUCAUCACUAAUCUGCAACCGUCUGCACAGUUCCACCAAAGCUGGGCUCACUCCUGCAUCUUUUCAAGGGGAGUCACUUGAUCCAAAGUUUCCGGAAAUACCACACAGAGGACAUCGGCAUCGGGAUGGCAGCGUACAAACUGGUGCUGAUCCGCCACGGAGAGAGCUGCUGGAACCAGGAAAAUCGCUUCUGUGGAUGGUUUGACGCGGACUUGAGCGAGACAGGGGAGCAGGAGGCAAAGAGAGGAGGACAAGCUUUGAAAGAUGCUGGCUAUGAAUUUGAUAUUUGCUACACCUCCGUUCUUAAGCGAGCCGUCCGUACUCUGUGGUAUGUUCUGGACAGCAUCGACCAGAUGUGGCUGCCUGUGCACAGGACAUGGCGCCUCAAUGAACGCCAUUACGGUGGUCUGACUGGCCUGAACAAGGCUGAAACGGCAGCUAAACACGGAGAGGCCCAGGUGAAGAUUUGGAGGCGCUCUUUUGACAUCCCUCCUCCACCCAUGGAUGAAGGCCAUGACUUCUAUCAGACCAUAAGCAAGGACCGGCGUUAUGCUGAUCUGACAGAGGACCAGCUUCCAACUUGUGAAAGUCUGAAGGACACCAUUGCUAGGGCUCUUCCUUUUUGGAAUGAUGAGAUAGCUCCACAGAUCAAAGAAGGGAAGCGAGUGCUGAUUGCUGCCCAUGGCAACAGUCUCCGUGGCAUUGUCAAGCACCUUGAGGGUAUGUCUGAAGAGGCCAUCAUGGAGCUGAACCUUCCUACUGGUAUUCCUGUUGUCUAUGAGUUGGACAAAAAUCUGAAGCCCAUAGGACCCAUGCAGUUUCUAGGAGAUGAAGAGACCGUGCAGAAAGCCAUGGCUGCUGUGGCAGCUCAGGGUAAAGCAAAGAAAUAAAUUUCAUUUUAAUGAUUAGGCUGGUAUUUAGAUCAAUGCAGUGCUGUUCAGUAAGAAAAUAAACAACUAGUCAACAAGCCUGUUAGUGUUGUCAGCAUCCCAAACUUCAUGCACACACGGAAGCGCUAAAUAAUGGUUCACUCAAUAAUAAUCAGAGGUUUGAAUUGAAUCAUCUAUAUUUUUUGUGAUACAAAGUUUUAAAGAAUGGAUCUUGAGUUGUAUGUGAAAUGUGCAUCUUGGACUUUGGUUGUAAUGUCUCUUAUCCUACAAUAUAUAGUAACACUGUUGUUGAAAGACCAAUUUGAUUUACUUUGCACUUGUCCUUGCUGUAACAUUGUGAAAUAAUAAAUGUGAUGAGCUAUUACGUGUUUAAAAUA